UAUGAAUGUCAGCGUCUUUCUGUUCGCCCGGCGGUCUGGUCCGCGCCAGUCUGGUGGUGUGCAGCCUCUCCAUCGCGGUGGUUCAUCAUGUCGACGACCUACGCCGCGGUCUCGACGGCCACCACGACGGCCGCCACCUCGAUGGGCGCCGCCACCUCGAUGGACGCCGCCACCUCGAUGGGCGACGUCGACGCGACCAUCCCGGUGCUGGACGCGGCGCUGGGCGCGGGUGCGGCCUUCGACAUGGAGUUGACCUUCCACCCGGCCGACUACACGCUCUUCGUCCUCAUGAUGCUCAUGUCGGCGCUGAUCGGCGUGUACUACGGCUGCUACAAGCGGCAGGACUCGGUGUCCGAGUACCUGCACGGCGGCAAGACCAUGUCCGUGCUGCCCGUGGCCAUGUCGCUCAUCUCCAGCAACAUAUCCGGCAUCACCAUGCUGGCGGUGCCGGCCGAGAUGUACCUGUACGGCACGCAGUUCGCCCUGCUCGGCAUCAUGGUCUUCCCCGCCGUCAUCGUGGUCAUGUACUGGUUCCUGCCCAUGUUCUUCAACCUGCAGUGCAACUCGUCCUUUGAGUACUUAGAAAUGCGGUUCGACCGACGUGUUCGUCAGUUGGGCUCGUUCCUGUUCGCACUCGGACAACUCCUGUACAUGCCCGUGGUCAUAUACGUUCCCUGUCUGGCGCUGAACCAAGUCAGCGGCAUCAGCGUGCACCUCAUCAGCCCCAUCGCGUGUCUCAUCUGCAUCUUUUACACCACCCUGGGCGGAGUCAAGGCCGUCAUCUGGACCGACGCACUCCAGCUCUUCCUGUUGGUGCUGGCCUCCGUGGCCGUCAUCGUCCUGGGGGUCGUCCGCCUCGGGGGCCUGGGCGUCCUCUUGGAGAGGUCCUUGGAGGGCGGGCGCAUCGAGUUCUUCAACAUGGACCCCAACCCGUACACGCGCUGCACAUUCUGGAACGUCGGCGUGGGCGCGUGCGUCACCAUCAUCCUGAACAUGGGCGCGGGACCGUCCUCGGUGCAGCGGUUCCUGAGCGUGCCGACGCUGGCCGACGCGCGCCGCACCUCCGUCUACCUGGCGUUCGGCUACUUCCUCACCAAGCUCUUCAGCGUGCUCACCGGCCUCAUCAUCUUCGCGAGCUACUUCUACUGCGACCCGCUGGACAAGAGCGUGGGCGCGGUGCGGAAGGGCGACCAGCUGGUGCCGUACUUCGUCAUGGACGUCGGCCGGGACUACCCGGGGCUGUCGGGGCUGUUCGUGGCGGGCGUGUUCAGCGCCGCCCUCAGCACCAUGUCCGGCGGGCUCAACACGCUCUCUGGCACGCUGUACACCGACUUCAUCGAGAAGUACCUGCCCAAAAAAGUGUCGGAUGAGCGCGCCUCGACGCACAUGAAGCUCGUGUCGCUGGUCAUCGGCGCGUUCUGCGUGGGCAUGAUCUUCGUCGUGGAGAACCUGGGCGGCGUGCUGCAGGUCGCCAUCAGCUUCAUGGGCAUCACGGCGGGCGCCGCGUACGGCCUCUUCUUCCUGGGCAUGUUCUUCCCCACGGUCAACAGCAAGGGCGCGCUGGUGGGCGCGUACACGUGCCUGGUCGUCAUGGUGGUGACCGUCGGAGGCAACUCCCUGGCCAUGUACAACGACUCCCUGAAAUACCCGCACCUGCCGACAAGGACGGACGGCUGUCUUCCCAACUCGACGCUGGACGCCAAUUUCCCGACGGCGUCCCCUGACGCUCCCUCACCCCACGAUGCCGACGUUUUCCCGCUCUUCAAGGUGUCGUACCUGUACUUCAGCGUGCUCGGCGUCGCCGUGACCACGGUCGUGGCGCUGUGCGUGUCGGCCUGCACCGGCGGCAACAACCUGCAGACGGCCGACCCGGACCUGUUCUCGCCGGCCGUGGCGCGCUUCCUGCCAAGGCACCGGAAGAACGCCAAGGAGGCCGCGGCCGCCGCGGCCGCCGUCACCAUGAAGGAGUACGAGGCCGUGCCCGGCGCGGACAAGUGAGCCGGGCCCGAGGAAGUGUAUUCCCGUGGAGAAGGUCGUCGGGGCCCUCCUGGGAGGCCAGGCACACACCACCUCCGGCCACCGGCCCGCCGCCCCCAGGGCCGGCGCCCCCUGCCUCUAAACUCGUCCAGUACCUCGUCCCGCCCCUCGGACACACCGGGGACGCAAAGGUGGGACCGGGGCAGGCAGGCAAUCCCGAGGAGGACGCCGCCCCAACGCCUCGACUCGACACGCCGAAUGUGUAAUGUGUAAUGGUGCCCGUCCCUUCCUCCCCCGGCCACUUGCGAGCCGCGGCCCUUUAGCAGGAGGCCGGGGAGGGGUGGAGAGAGGGCCGCACCACCGCGACCCGGAGUGCAUUAAGGGGAGGGCUCUCUGUGUACACCUUCAAGACCUUCGGGGGGUGGGACGAACCAAGACGGGGGUCGACCGAAGCGAGCAGCAGCGGUGGAGGCGAGGCGAUCCCUCACUUCCUGCGAUGGAAUAAAAUUACUGUAUUACGACCC